AUGGAAAACCAAUUAAAAGAUUUAUCAACAUUAUAUACAAAUACAGAAAAGGCGAUUUCAGACCUCCAAGCAUUAAAAAUAGAAAACAACUAUGUUGACAACGAGUCACUUGACAUUGCACAACGCAUUGAAAACGCAGAGGGGUACUUUGACAGACUUGAUGAGAUUAUUAAAAGAAAAAUAAACAUUACAACUUCACUCAACACAAUUGUCAUUGAUUUGGAUAACAUUUCAGAUAAAAUCAAAAAAUAUUUGGCUUUAUAUUCAAUAGAAAACGACAUUAAAAAGUUGGACAAGAUAUGUGAUAUUAGAAUAGUACUUCUUGAUGAAAAAUGCAAAAUAGACACAAAACCGUAUCAAGACAAAAUAGAUACAAUUGUCCAAGAAAAGAACGUUAAAAUCGAUCAAAUCAAAAACUCAAAAAAAUUGAUCACUUCAAAAUAUCAACACGAUGAGAAAUUUGAAAAAGAAAACAAUAAAAUUUCACAAGAAAAGACGUAUAAGAAAAUACAACCACAUGAAAAAGAAAGAAAUGACCGCUUUGUGAAACUUGUGAUGGACACAUACAUGUAUUAUGGAGAUCCAGAGAAGAUUAAUAAUUAUCAAGAAUGCGUCAAAGCAAUUAACAAACUUCCAGAGAUCAAAUUGAGUCAGAGCGAAUUGGAUGAAAUAGCAGUGCUUGGAAAUAGUGUAGUGCAGAACUUUGGAGAACUUGAAGGUGUUGUUCAAAAAGUAGUUGACAAGUGUGCAGAUAGAGAUUCUAACGAAACACUUGAGAUCUUGACUUACUUCUUACGGUGUUUAAUUUCGUCAUCCCAUUUACUUAAAAUGGACCCUAAAACAGCGUUCUACAGUGGAUUUAUGUUGUCUGAACUUUCAUACAAAUGCAAGGCGUUUAGAGAUAUAGUCCAACUGAUACUACGAAGUGUCUCGCCAUGUUUAAAUUCAGUCUAUGUGAAAAAUGAAGGAAAUGAUUAUAAGAUAUUGAUGGGGUAUUUGAGUGACGAGAACGGGUUACAGUAUAUUGAGCGGAUUGAGAAGAUAUUUAGAAUAUACUGA